AUGGGCGCUAUGAUUGUUGGCAGCGAGAAUUUCAUCAACAGAGUAAGGAGAAUCAGGAAGAGAGUGGGCGGUGGAAUGAGGCAAUCUGUCGUCUUAAGUGCAGCGGACUGGGCUGCUCUCGAUAACUUCAACAAGCUUCCGGAAGUUCAUCGACUCGCAAGAACGGUGGCUGACAUGUGGAUCGUGAGAGGAGGACGACUACGCAGGAGGACAAGAACGAACCUUGUGUGGCUGGAUUUGAGAGAUGCUCAAGAGUUUCGUCGCAUAGGCAUUGAACAUGGGAUUCAGCUUGAUGGAUGUCGAAUCGUGCUGCAUCACCAGAUCAGCCGGAAGGCUAUCCUUCGUCUUGGCCAGGUUUUUGAUACUGUUCUGGCUUCGAGUUUGUUAGGCAAAACUAAGUGA